GGUGGGGAAGUACGAGGUGGGGCGGACGAUCGGGGAGGGGACGUUCGCGAAGGUGAAGUUCGCGCAGAACACGGAGACGGGGGAGAGCGUCGCCAUGAAGGUGCUCGACCGAUCCACCAUCAUCAAGCACAAGAUGGUCGACCAGAUUAAGAGAGAGAUUUCCAUAAUGAAGCUUGUUAGGCAUCCCCAUGUUGUCCGACUACACGAGGUAUUGGCAAGCCGAACAAAGAUCUAUAUCAUCCUAGAAUUCAUCACUGGUGGUGAAUUGUUCGAUAAAAUUGUUCAUCGUGGGAAACUUAGUGAAGCUGAUUCCAGGAGAUACUUUCAGCAGCUUAUUGAUGGUGUUGAUUUUUGCCACACUAAAGGUGUCUACCAUCGAGAUUUGAAGCCUGAGAAUCUGCUCCUCGACUCACAAGGAAAUCUGAAAAUCUCAGACUUUGGACUUAGUGCGUUGCCUGAUCAAGGAGUUAGCCUACUACGCACUACUUGUGGAACACCAAACUAUGUGGCACCUGAGGUACUCAGUCAUAAAGGUUAUAAUGGUGCCAUUGCUGAUAUCUGGUCAUGUGGAGUCAUUCUGUAUGUUUUACUGGCAGGGUAUCUUCCCUUUGAUGAGGUUGAUUUGACUACUCUUUAUAGCAAGAUUGAGAGGGCAGAGUUUUCUUGUCCGUCUUGGUUUUCUGUUGGUGCAAAAUCCUUAAUUCGUAGAAUUCUGGACCCCAACCCUGAAACUCGUAUUAGGAUCGAAGAGAUUAGAAAUGAUGAGUGGUUUAAGAAGAACUAUGUGCCUGCUAUGGAAGUUGAACACGAGGAUGUUAAUCUUGAUGAUGUCUUUGCUGUUUUUGAUGAUCCUGAGCGGGUGCCUGAGCAAUCAAGGAAUGAGGAAUUGGGUCCUCUUAUUCUUAAUGCAUUUGAUUUAAUUAUUCUUUCCCAAGGAUUGAACCUUUCAGCACUAUUUGAUCGGAAACAGGAUAAUGUGAAACAUCAAACUCGUUUUCUAUCACGCAAACCAGCAAAAGUUGUCUUGUCGAGUAUGGAAGUUGUUGCUCAGUCAAUGGGAUUUAAGACUCACAUUCGUAAUUAUAAGAUGAGGGUGGAAGGUUUGUCGGCAGACAGAACUGCUCAUCUUUAUGUUAUGCUCCAAAUCUUUGAAGUUGCUCCAUCGCUUUUCAUGGUGGAAAUUCAAAGAGCAGCUGGAGAUGUGUCUGAAUAUCUCAAGUUCAGCAAGAACUUCUGCAGUAAACUGGAUGAGAUAAUCUGGAAACCACCUAUUGAGAUGAGCAAAUCAAGGACAGCGCGGAAAUCAAGGCGCUAAACUCAAACGGCCAACAACUAUAGUCCUAUGUAUGUUUCCAUGCCACGAUAUCCAUCCUUCCCUUGCUAUGAUAUUAACUUUAAGAGCCGUUUUGGCCUGGCUAGAUCAUUUGUACAAGUGCUGUUUGAAGAAGCGUGAUAUUACUUUUGUAAAGUUCUCCACUUUCACCUCGCUUGUUUGCAUGUUAGUUAGCAUAGAGGAAGUCAAUAUCCAAUGUUUACCUUCAAUACAUCUAAUAUUAUAUUUGUUGCUCAAGGUUUGUGUUUGGCGUAAUGACUUCCGAUCUAUCGGAGAUUAAGACACUUAUGUGGAAGUAAGAGGGUAAGAAUAUCUCCUGCUUCUUUUACUCCACUUUCUAGAAACUCAACAGCAAAACUGCUACUUGCACCGAAAGUCUAGUUCACCCCAGCUUUCCUUGAGUACAAAAGUUGUUAUCAAAGCCGGGCCAAAUAGGCACCAAGGAAGUAUUUAAGAAGGGUUAAAGCAUUUUGUAUAUGGUGUUGUAGCUCUCAGGUUCUGUGGCUGGUAUUACAUGUAAGAUGAGAAGAGUGUACUGUAACUUAUACAUACAUAAUAGUGAAUGUAAAUCAGCACUUGUUCAAUGAUCCCUU